AUGCCGCCACGUGAAGAGGCCAAGUUGCGCCUGAGAUAUGCGAGUUUGAUGAUAGAAGAGACGGACAUUGAAGCUACUGACAUAUCAAGUCGGAUAGAGGAGAUAUUGUCCAAGCAAAUAUCUUUGUGCGGACGCCAUCGACUUCAGGAUCUCAAGUUUGCUGCUUUACAUCUACAAGCGCGAUAUCAGUUCAAGACUAACCACCGCGCUGGCCUGAAGUCUUUGGACAAACCAAUUGCCGAAGCCGAGACGUUCCAGCACAUUGCUUGGGUGUAUGCGUUACGCUUCCUCAAGGUCACGCUUGCAUUACAAAUACCGGGACGUGUUGAGGUAGUUCCCGCCUUGCAACAACUUCACGCGAUACAGGGUCACGCAGAGCGGCGAGGAGAUCGAGCCAUAUAUGUAGCUUGCUGUGCACUCGAAGCUAUGGUUCAUCUGCGAUCAAGUGUCGCAGACAGACUGGAGCAAGCGCAACGUGCUAUUGCAGCGGCUCGGAGUUUACAACUUCAGGUGACCGCCAAGGAAUUGGGGUCAUUUGGCACCCUUCUAGAUCUCAUCGACAUUGCCAGUGGUGUUGCAACUGGUAGUCCGGACAGGCAAAAAGCUGAUGCUCUUGUCAUGUCGAUUCUAGACAAGGACAGGGAGAAUGGAAGCUCCGAGAGCGGAACCUUCACAGUCCUCAUCGAGCGAAGUUUCGGCGGUAAUCUGACUUUUGACACUGGUGGCAUCUUCCGAAAGAACGCAGAGAGAAAAGACGAGCUCGUGUUUUCCUGGCUACCAAUGGAAGACCUGCGAGCGCUAUGUUUCCACAUCUCAGCCCUAGACAGCCACCUCCACCAAAAAGGCAUGCACUACAUGAACGAAGCCCACCAACGAUUCCGAGAAUCCGCAAAGCGUCGCACAAUCACCGGCAUACCCCCCGCCGUCGCACUCGCGCGAAUAGAAUGGAACCUCGUCCUAGACUGGUACUCCAUGUUCGCCAUCGGCCUAAUGGCCUGUUCCCACGACGACCACACAACCGUCAGCAACGUGCUCUCCGAACUAAAAAAGCGCAUCUCCCAACCCCCCUACAAAGCAAACCCAGCAUUCACCCGCACACUCGCCUACCUUUCCUCCAUUAGCUCGCAAACCAACGGUGCCCUCGACGCCGCUCUCGCCGCCUCUUCAAUCCCUGAACUCUGCGUCCCGGAAAAAGGCCACGCCACACCCGCUCGAACGGACAUUGCGCUCCUCGCCGCGCUAAACCGCCUCCUCAUAAUCAGAAACCCAAACCACCCCCUCCAUUCAACCACGGAUACAUUAUUCCAACAAAUCAAGCCCCUCGCCGAAGACCACUCCAACCAAUACCUCCGCACCGCCUUCCGCCUCGUAGCAACCUUCCAAGGCGAGGGGGCAGCAAUCUCGCACCAGAAAAACACAGUCCAGCGGUGCGUCGGCAUCGCGCGUCAAGUGGGGGAUAAAACGCAAAACUUCGAAUUCCUGGCCAUGAUUAUGUGUUAUUUCGUCGCUCGCUUCUUCGCUGAUUCCGUCGGCGAGAAGAGCGUUCAAGCUGUGCUGGCCGCGAGGUCCCAGGCGAUUAAAAACCGCAGACCCGUUUGGAAGGCUGUUGCCGCGGGCCUUUGUGUGAAUACGUAUCGCAGGCAUGGGUUUGCGGAUAAGGCGGAUGAGGCGGUGAGGGAGUUUGAGAGUGCGUGGGGGGCUUUGCCGGUGGGGCUUAGGGCCGUGGUUGAGGGUGGGGGGGAGGCGGAUGUCGAUGCGGAGGGGGAGGAGGUCGAUGUCGAUGUCGAUGCUGAGGGGGAGGUGGACGCUGAUGGCGAUAUCGAUGUUGUGGGGUGA